AUGGAGUGGCUAGGCGAAAACUUCGGUCCGGGCCCCAAGAAUGGCGGGAUUCUCCCGGUCGAAACCUCAAGAAAGGAACCACUUGUGAGUACCACUCUGGAAUCCAAUGGCAAGAGCACCAAAGGCGCAGGAACCCCCGGCUUUUCUGGAGGCCGGACCCCUGAUUCUGCAGCUGGUUCGAGUGCCCGUAUGGCGGCAAUCUCCGCCGUAACGAACUACCAUGCACCGGCUCCGUUCAGCUACUCUGACGAAGCCACGCAGGAUCUGUUCAGCGCGAAUGUGUUCAGCAAAGCGGUGAUGAAGAAGAGGCUCCCCAAGCCAAUUUUCAAGUCGCUGAUGCGAACCAUUGAAGUCGGCGAAAAGCUAGACCCGACGGUUGCUGAUGUAGUCGCUUCUGCCAUGAAAGAUUGGGCUGUCUCCAAAGGAGCCACCCACUACGCCCACGUGUUCUUCCCCUUGACCGGUGCCACGGCCGAGAAACACGAUAGCUUCCUGUCCCCCAGCGGCGACGGAAGCACGCUUGCCGAAUUCAGCGGCAGCCAGCUCAUCCAAGGUGAGCCCGACGGUUCUAGCUUUCCCACCGGCGGGAUUCGACAGACUUUCGAAGCCCGCGGUUACACCAUCUGGGACGUAACCAGUCCGGCUUACAUCAUGGAGAAUGCGAACGGUACGACGCUCUGCAUUCCCACUGCGUUCGUCUCCUGGACCGGCGAAGCCCUCGAUAAGAAGACUCCGGUCUUGCGUUCGAUGCAGGCCUUGAAUACUCAAGCUCAGCGUAUUCUCGAGCUGUUUGGUCACAAGGAUGGGUCGUUCGUCUCCUCGACAGCCGGUCCCGAGCAGGAAUACUUCCUGAUCGAUCGUAAUUUUUUCUAUGCUCGUCCCGACUUGAUUAAUGCUGGGCGAACACUUUUUGGGGCUAAGCCUCCAAAGGGUCAAGAAUUCGACGACCACUAUUUUGGUGCAAUCCCCGACCGUGUUUUGGCGUUCAUGCUCGAGUCGGAGCGUGAGCUGUUCAAGCUGGGGAUUCCCGUCAAGACUCGUCACAACGAAGUCGCUCCGGGACAAUAUGAAAUUGCCCCCACCUUCGAGUCUGCAAACCUGGCUACCGACCAUCAGCAACUGCUGAUGACAACCCUGAGAAAGGUGGCCGAGAAGUACGGCAUGACUUGCCUGACCCACGAGAAGCCGUUCGCGGGAGUGAAUGGAUCGGGUAAGCACGUGAACUGGUCGCUGGGAAGCAGUUCACAGGGCAACCUUCUGGACCCCGGUGAAACGCCUCACGAAAACGCUCAAUUCCUGGUGUUCUGCGCGGCAGUCAUUCGCGCCGUUUAUAAAUACCAGGGAUUACUGCGUGCCGUUGUGGCGACCGCCGGUAACGAUCACCGUCUGGGAGCGAACGAAGCUCCUCCGGCGAUCAUUUCAAUCUUCCUUGGUGAUCAAUUGACCGACAUCUUCGACCAAAUCAAGGCCGGUGGUGCGAAGUCUUCAAUUGCCAAGGGCACGCUGACCGUCGGUGUCGAUGUAUUGCCGCCGCUGCCCAAGGAUGCUGGCGACCGCAACCGUACGAGCCCGUUUGCCUUCACCGGUAACCGAUUCGAAUUCCGAGCGGUAGGUUCGAAUCAGUCGAUCGCUGGUCCGUUGGUGGCAAUGAACACCAUCGUGGCCGAGUCGCUCGACUACUGUGCAUCGUACCUCGAAGGAAAGGCCACGCCUGGAGAUCCCAAGUCGCUCCACGAGGCCAUCCAAACGUUGCUCACCGAAGUCAUCGACGAGUGCCAUAACAUCAUCUUCAAUGGAGAUGGAUACUCCGAAGAGUGGCACAACGAAGCUGCGAAACGCGGCCUCCUGAAUCUCAAGACUUCGGCCGAAGCCCUUCCAGUUCUGGGCUCCCCCGAAGUUCAAGAGGUGUUUUCCAAAUACAACGUGCUCUCUGAGCGCGAAUUGGAAAGCCGUUUGUCGAUUUACUUGGAGCAGUAUUGCUUGACGGUUCAGGUCGAGGCCAAUCUCACGUUGGAGAUGGCGAAGACGCUGAUCUUCCCCGCGGCAAUUCGGUAUCAAACCGAACUGUCCGCAGCGUGUGCCAACCUUCGCCUGCUCGAGAUCGAUUUCGAUACCGACACGCUGGAGAAGGUGACCUCACUGGUCAAGUGUAUGCAAGACAGCAUUGCCAACUUAGAGAAGGUAAUGUCAGAGGAAGCCGGUGACAGCGAAGAAGCUGAAGCCGCUUACUACUGCAAUGAAAUCGUGCCGGCCAUGGCUGAGGUUCGCAAGUUUGCUGACGAACUCGAAGGUGUGGUGGCCGAUGAUCUGUGGGUGAGGAUGCUGUGUUUUGGGAGAGCCGAGUUCACCGGCUCGAACGCAUGGGAGUCUGCAACUUCAAUGCGGUUCGACACUGAGCUGGAGGGAGCAACUGCCACAACAGCGGCUGAGCCGGAAGCGGAACCGCACCAGGUAGUUGCGGCCGUCAAGAGUGGUUUUCAAUACCUAGAAACCCACAUUGAAAAUCGCCCUGGCGGGAAAGCCCUCAUUGCGUUGGCAUUUCUGAAGAAUGGGCAAGAAGACCACCCAUAUAUCCAAGAGGCACUGGAAAGCGUCCAAGGGACUCUCGGCGAAAAAUACUCCGAAGAUGUGUACACCAACGGAUUGUCGAUCAUUUUUCUGAUCACACUCGACCCCGUGAAGUAUCGCUCUGAGAUCGAUCAACUCCUGGGGCACAUGUACGCUCGGCAGAAGCAGCAUGGUGGAUGGGGAUACGAUCACCGCGCCACCGGCGAUACAUCGAUGACUCAAUAUGCCGUGCUUAGCAUGUGGGAAGCAGGAGCGGCAGGAAUUGAAACGCCUGUCGACACUUGGGAGCGGGUCAGUAACUGGCUCCUUCGAACACAAGAUCCUUCAGGUGCUUUUGGAUACCAGGGGAGAGAUUCCGGGAGUUAUAGCCGCGUACAACAAACUGAGAUCAGACACAGCAUGGCCGCUGCUGGUCUGGGUAGCUUAUACGUUUGCAGCGAUCAUCUGGGAUUAAGUAACUCGCCGAGACCUGCGUCGAACCUCCCUGGUGCCUUGCAGGUAGUUCAAGACGAAUCAUCAACAAAGCGUCGUCUGACAAACAAGGUUGAUUCCGGUCGAAUCCUUUCUGCAGCCGCUGAUGGUGCAGAGUGGUUUGUCGAAAACCACGAUAUGGAUGCCACGCCUUACACUCACUACUACCUCUAUGCCUACGAACGGUAUCGCUCCUUUAGAGAGGUCGCUGAAAACUCAGUAGAAAUCGAACCCGAGUGGUAUAACGAAGGGGCAAAGUUCCUUCUGAAUUCGCAAAAAGACAACGGCAGCUGGCGCAGUUCCGGCACAACCGGGUCAGAGUGUGAUACCGCAUUCGCGAUUUUGUUCCUGUUGCGAUCAACUAAGAAGAGCCUCAACCAUGCCGGCCGCUUCGGGGCAGGUACAUUGGUAGGUGGUCGAGGCUUGCCCACCGGAGACGGGCCGGUGCAAAUGCGUGGCGGGAAGGUCAUCGCCAAACCCCUAGCCGGUCCGGCAGAAGAACUGCUGAAACUGAUCGAAGACCCCAGCCGUGCCGAUCACGACCAGGCAGUCCAGGGAUUCGAAGAUCUUGCCCGAAUGGGUGAUGAAGAAACGCUCACUGAGCAUGAGGCAAAAAUCAAAGAACUCGCCGCCAAGGGCGACCCCGACGCCCGUAGGGCCGCAGUCGUGGCAUUAGGCCGCACGGGCAACUUGGACAACGUGCCGAUUUUAAUUUACGCACUCACCGAUCCCGACGAACGCGUGUUCUUGGCGGCCCGCGAUUCAUUGCGAUUCAUCAGCCGGCGCUUCGAUAACUUUGAGUCUGAGGGAGUGCUCUCUCCCGACCGCCUAAAAGCAGAAAUUGAACGUUGGAAACAGUGGGGCCAAAAUUCAGACAAACCCAUCGUCAUCGGCAAGAUGAACGUCUCGAUGUACGAUCGGGUUGCCAGCUUGUUGAUUUCGCUGUUGAUAUUCCUCAGCCUGGCAGCCGUCUUUCUGUUUGUGGUUUGGUUCACCAAUCGAGUGUUUGCCCGGCAAGAGGCCGUCCCAGUCGUCAUGCAGGAUGUCGGGGGAGGCUCCCUGGAAGGGAUCGCCGGAGAAAGCAUCGAGAUCGAAUCACCCAACCAGGAUGAGAUCGCAGAAGAGACCGAUCUAGAAGAUGAGCCUGAGCUGCAGGAAACCCUGGCUAUGGUGAUGGAUACCAUCGCCACCCGACAGGCCGACCUUGCAGAUCCUUCGCUUACCGAUGAGAUCUCCUCGAGCCGAAGUGGCGCCUCAACCGGUGAUGGUCGCGCCCCUGGGCUGGGAAGUGGCGACGGUUCGCCUGGUGUACCUCGCGCGCAACGGUGGGAGAUUCGCUUCGCAGACGGUGCGACUCUAGACGAGUACGCCAAACAGCUCGACUUCUUUAAUAUCGAACUGGGCGCAAUCGGUGCCACCAGCACGGUGUACUACGCUACAAAUCUUUCGGCGAAAACCCCGACUCAGCGGACCGCGCCUGGCGACCAAGAGCAGCGAAUGUAUAUGUCUUGGCAAGGCGGGUCACUUAAGGCCGCCGACAAAGCCCUUCUGAACCGGGCCGGCAUCAAGACCGAUGGCCGCCUCUUCGUCCAGUUCUAUCCGCCCGAAGUCGAAAACCUUCUGCUUGGGUUGGAACUCGCUUACCGGAACCGCGAUCAGAGUGAGAUUCGCAAAACGGUCUUCGGCGAAGAGUUUUUAAGCCAACUGGAUGAGGCCCUGAGAAUAGCAGACUUCGAUGCCGUUGAAGAAAUGUGCGAAGACGACGCCCGAGUCGUACCGCAACUAGCACUUCUGGCUGUAUCAAAACGAAAUCUGGGCUACGCCAAACUGAAGAGUUUCGUGGUCGAUCGUUAUCAGCGCGAUGUUCUCGGCGAUCUCGAGCAUCGCUUGAGCUGGGUUUACACCGUGAUCAAAAGUGCCCCCAUGCUUGGGCUGUUCGGUACCGUGCUCGGCAUGAUGGGUGCUUUCGCCAAGCUGGCAACCGGUGGUGAGAACGUCGACCCCACGGCGCUCGCCGGCGAUAUUCAGGUUGCCCUGAUCACCACAGCAUUAGGACUGGCGAUCGCCAUUCCGCUCACGCUUUGCACCACCAGCAUCAACAUUCGAAUUCGUCAACUCGAGGAUCUUGUGGGCAUCGGACUUACACGGCUGUUCGAAGGACUACGGCCACUGCUAGACCCCGUCGAGGCUGAGGAUGCCCCCAUCCUAGAGCGCCGCCGCGUGCGCGAAGAAGCCGAAUUGGACAUCACGCCGAUGAUCGACGUGACAUUCCUGUUGCUCAUCUUCUUCAUCGUCGCUUCAGUGCCCGACCCUAACAAAGCAGUGGACUUGCCCCCGGCGCGUUAUGGUUCGUCGGUCAGCAAGAACAACUCGUUUACCCUCACCUUGGCCGGUAACGGCAGCGACAAAGUCAGCGUUUACCUGGCCGAAGGAAUUGUGGGCGAUCCUCUACCCGGCACCGAGGAAGAACAAACCGAAGCGAUUCGCGAAGCGGUCAGCACGGCGGUUCAAGAGGGUAAAAGCAGCGUCAUCAUCAAGGCCGACAAAGGAAUCACGUACCACGACGUCUCGCGGGUUUCUGCAGCGGUGGGGCUCGUUGACGGUGUGGCCGAUCGCUUUGCAGGCGCAGCGGUCAAGUGCCCCAAGUGCAAACAUCCGCUGGUCAUCCCCGACACGAGAGAACACACACCGCUCCCGGCACCAAGCUCGAGCGAAGAUUCAGACAUCAUCGAUGUUCGUCGGAAAGACUCUGGUCCAGAAGAAUUGAUGGACAUGACGCCGAUGGUCGACGUUGUGUUCUUGCUGCUGAUUUUCUUCAUGGUCACCGCCGCCUUCGCGCUGCAGAAGUCGAUCGAAGUUCCCCCCCCAGACACGACCGACAGCGUGUCCCAAACUCGGACAAUCGAAGAUCUCGAAGAAGACGAUGACUUCGUGAUCAUUCGGAUCGAUGGCGAUAACACCAUCUGGGUCGAUGGCUCUGAAGCCCCCAGUUCGCAAGAAAUGCUCUCGAUGCUGCGUAGAGCCCGCGAUGGAGACGGUGCGGGGAGCGGACCCAGCAGCUUAUUGGUCACCGCAGAUCCCGAUGCUCGCUACGAAUUAGUUAUCAUGGCAUUAGACGCCGGCACUGCGGUCGGAAUGGAUAGUGUCCGCCUUGGCAACUCUUCGGAGGACUCGUUGUAA